AUGAUCAAAGAGAACAUCAUCUACAGAUUCGGCUUGCUUCAGCAUAUUGUGGCCGAUAGGGGGAUAGUUUUCUUUGGUGAGGAAGUCCAAGCUUUAGCAAAAGAGUAUGGUAUUGAGCUUUCUCAUUCAACUCCAUAUUAUGCUCUAGGCAAUGGCCAGGCAAAGUCAACAAACAAAGUUCUAAAAGGCAUCACUGAAAGAAUGAUUGAGGACAAACCCAGGAUUUGGCAUAAUGCAGUCCUGCCUAUGGAGGUUACUGUGAAAUCCUUGAGAGUUGCAUUUCAUAAUGGUUUAACUCCUGCAGAAUACAAUCAAGCUAUGUUUGUGGACAUGCAGGAGGAGACCGAUACUGAAAUGCAACGCCCAUCUGGGGCAUCUACCACACAUCCAAUCUCGGGACCCCAGUCGAACUUGGACCCACUCCCGUUAGCUGAAGAUUUGUAUGGUCCGGAUCCCCGAGAAGGGUUGGCUCAAGCCCGAGUUUUCAGACCCUUGGCGUAG